AACGAUUCUACGUUUCGGAAGCGGCCGAUCCUUCCAGGGCGAACGAGCUCCGCAGUGUCAGAAACCAACGCCGAAAUCGGCACGACAAGAGCUUGCCGUACGGCCUUCCAUGUUGCGCUCCUGCCCAUCGGGGGCCGCGGCGUAUACCGCGCGAGAGCCCACGCCAGAUUUUUGCUGGUACACGCUGAGCCCCUUUUUCUCCAGGUGGGCUGUUGUCGUCGCUUUUUGGGUCCAGGUCUACGAGCUGCUCGCCAGGGAGGGCGCCGUUCCUUCGGGCGUCUUCUCGGAGUGGUGGCUGCUCGAGAGCCGCUUCGGCGCCCUCGGCGCGUUUCUGGAGGACAGGUUCCCAGGCACGGCGGCCCUGGAGCAGCACGAGCGCACUGUGCGCUACCGGCUCCCUGCGGGGUCGACGCUGGCGAAGAUCUUCCGCAACCUGGAGGCGAGCCAGCGCGAGCUCGCCCUCGAGGAGUACGGCAUCUGCCAGACCAGCCUGGAGCAGAUUUUCAACGACUUCGCGGCCAGGCAGCAGGAGGAGACGGGCGCCGUGCGAGGGCUGUUCGCGAGCGGCCACGCGGCGGUGACGGCCCAGCUGGGCGGCUCUGCUUUGGAGGUUGAUAGCGCCUCACGGGUCGCCGGGGAGGCUUAGAGUUUUCUGUUCGAGCCGCAAGCUCGCGCUACCCAUCGCGCGCGCGCGCGCCCGUCGCGCUGUUUUUUCUCUCUGGUGCAGCAUGUCGAUGGGUCGAUGCCCGCGGGGGCAUCUCCCAGCAUACAGGCGGAUGUGUGGCGACGGGCGAUGGCGCCCCCCAGCUGCUCACAGGAGGCCCACGCGGAGGCGCGGAGGCUGGCGGCACAGGUGCUCGGAGAUCCGUGGAUGCCCGAAAAUCGUGCGCGAACAUCCCAACGCCAAAGUGUGACCGAGAGCCGCGCGCGGCCUUAACUUGUGCUCCAUACCGUUCCACAAGCCACAUGCUGACUGAGCCCUCGCUCCACCAGUAGCACACCAUGACCAGAAUUGCGCUCCAGAGUAUUACCAAGGCUGUGCCAAAUACGUGGGCCU